AUGGUGAAAAUAAGCCCUAAAUACAAACUAGAGGCGAGUCUUCUAGAGGUGGCAGAUUUGGAAGAGGCAGAGGUAGAGGUCGAAACUCACGUGGCAGAUCUGGAAGAGGUGCAAAUGGCAGAAGAUAGAAUGAAGCAUCAAACAAAUGGUGCAAAAUUUCAACAUGCUUCGUAUGCAAAAGGAGAAUCUGAUGAAGGAAAUUUGUUUUUUGCUUGUCAAAAAGCAUUGCAUGAAGAAGGUAAAAAUGUUUGGUAUUUGAACAGCGGCUGUAGCAACCAUAUGACCGAACAGAAGAAAGCAUUUAUAAACAUUGAUUCUUCAUUCGGCUCAAAAGUUAAAUUGGGCAAUGGAGAACAUGUUGAAGUGAAAGGGAAAGGAAGCAUUGGAGUCACCACGAAGCAAGGAAUCAAAGUCAUACAUGACACGCUUUAUGUGAAAGAAUUAGACAAAAAUUUGCUUAGCAUUGGACAACUUCUAGAGCACGGCUGUUCUCUAAACUUUGAGAAUAGAGAGUGCAGAAUUUUUGACUCAGAAAGAAGAAGUGUUGUCGUUGUGAAGAUGACUAGCAACAUGAGCUUUCCACUAUCUUUAUGA